AUUAAAUUAUAGAAUUAGAUAUGGAUUUUAUUGUCUAAAAGUCUCAGAUCAUAAAAAUAGGAUCAUUAUCAAUUGUGGCGCUCUUGAUUUUCAUUUGCUACUUUUUAGAUGUUGGUUUUUACGAAUCUUCAACGAUGUCUUCAUCUCAAACUGUUUAUUUUACAUAUACAGCUAAAAUGAGAAUAGAGAUUAUGGGUACCUCAAUUACAAUUGAUAUUGAAGAUUGUAAUGGCGAAUAUUUUUGCUAAGUUGUUAAGCAAGCUCCAAUUUAUGGAAGUAUAGACUUAGCUAUAGCAAUAAUUAUUGUAUUGAUAGAAAUCCUUUCAUUAUCAGUCUUAAAAGAUAAAGUUAAACCAGAUUUAUUAAAAAACUUAGUUUUAAUAGGUUUGGUAUUAGGCUUGGUAUUUGCUCUACUUCUUAUGUUUUAAUUUUGGUUUGCUGCUAUUGGAUCAGAUAUUUACAAAUUAUGUGCAGGUAGUCAAAUUUGCAUAGUUCUUUAUAAUUUAUUAUUCGGAUUUGCUUGCUUUGUUUAAUUCAAAGCUAAAUCAGGCUCAGGAUAAGAAACAUUAUUGACUUGAUAUAAUUAUCUAG